GAAGGGCAGACCUUCAGUCUUUGGUGCCAGGCCUCUGCCAUCCAUCUCCAGGACAAACAGGCCGUCCUCGAGGUUGUGACUGCCAUGAUGGCUGUCCUCCUGCAAGAGGAGCUGCACCGAGAGCACGUCUGGGAGCAGCUCCUCUGACUCGUGCACCCAUGUCAGGAUGUCCAAGACACCAUCAUGGCCAAGAGCCUCACUAUCUUUCUGGAGGCCUUAGAGGGAGUUGAGUCCGUCAUCCCAAAGGACAAGUUUCUGGACAUCACCACUGCCGUGUUCUACCAGCUCUCUGAUGACACCAAGCAGCACAGCGAGGCUGAUAGCAGAGAGCUGACCCGCUGCAUGCUGCUGCAGGCCCGAAUCUGCCCAGAGGAAACGCUCCUGUUUCUGCAGUCACAGCUGGGCGAUGAGUGGGAGGCUGGACGUGUGGCAGCCCUGGGUCUGCUCAGUGCUCUGGUUUGGUCUGAUGAGCCUGUGAUGACAGAGAUGCUGCCCGAGGUUGCAGAGGCUGUGCAGCGUGUGUGCAAUGACUCCAGGACCCGGGUGAGGAGGGCUGUUCUGUAUUUCAUCAAGGAUCUGCUCAGCACUAACGCCCGGAGCUGCUCAGCUUGGGAUCUGGUGGGACACAUCUUCAAUGAGUUCAGCCGUGCCACAGGAAGAAGGGCAGCCGGAGACCUUUCUGCCCAGGAAGCCAAGGAAGAAGGAGCUCUCCAAGAGCUGUGCAUGGGCAUCCUGGAGUCACUGGAUGUCUCUGUGAGAGGCCCUCCUGAUCUCCUGUGGCCGUGGCUGUUGCUGUUUGUGGUGCCGUACAUGGGCAUGCUGAUUCCAGUCUCCCGUUGUGUCCAAGCCCUGGCUGAGAGAGAGGACCUGACAGGACGGCAGAUAGCAGAUCUGGAUCCUCAUUUUGUCAGCUCCAUGUUUCAAGGCCCACUGCUGACUCCCCAGACACUGCUGGCACGCCUGUUGGUGGUGUUAGGGAGCCCUGUUGCAGGCAGUGAACUCCAAGUCGCUGCCUUGCUGCUGAUGCAAAACCUCCACAAGAGGUUCCACAGAGCUGUGGGGGCCAUGUGGGCUGCUGAGAUCCCCCUGCUGCUGCAGUGUCUCCAAGGGAAAGAUGAGAGCUUCCCGGACCCUGCAGAGUGGGAGUGCCGUCUGCUAAAGUUCCUGAGGGCGUCGCUGGACACCAUCAUUGAUGAGGCCUGGAUCGAGGCCCUGAGCUGCGAGCUGAGCCGGUGGCUGAGCAGUUCUCCCAGCAGCUCUGGAGAAAAGGCUUUCCUGUACAAGGCUCUGGGGACAGCACUGGGAGCUUGUAAGGGAGUCCUCCACGUCCAAGAGAAGCUGCUGCAGCACUUGGAGGAAGCAAAUGCGGAGGAGCCAUCGGAGGCCCAGGGAAUAAUCUCUCUUCUCAGCCAUGCUGCUGAAGGCAACUUCCACCCAGUCCUGGACACGCUCACCGUGUUUGCAUCCAGGCUGUGUAAAGGCCGGAAUGUGAGGAUUUCCAGGCGCAAGAAGAUGGAGCUGGACAGCACGAGAGCUCAUGCCACACACAGUGCUCUCAUGCUCGCUCAUGGCAGCUUGGCACUGCGUGCCUCCAAGGAACAGCUGCUUGUCCACCUGGAGGGAGACAUCGUGGGCAACGUCCUGAUGCUGCAGGCAUCAGGCUGCAGCUGCCAGGACUUGCAGAACAACCUUGCGCUGGUGCAGAGCAUCACGGACUUCAGCUCAGCCUUGCAAGCUGUGGAUGACUCUGCCUGCUUUAACCCUUCCUUGAAGGGCAAGCUUCUGGAGAUCCUGAUGGACUUGCUGAAGAAGUACUGCUCAGGAAUCCCUGUCUCCCCAGUGCCCCUCAAGUUGGUUCUGGCCCUGGAGCAGUUGAGCAAGCUGAAGCCCUCUUUAGAAAGCAAGGAUAUGCAUGAAAUAUUGGUUCUGUGCUGCAAGAACAUUGUGAUGCACCCUUCAGCGGAGAUGAUGCUGAAGAUCAGAAAGUCACAGCAAGCAGCUCAAUGCCUGCAGCUUCAGCAAACAUCAUUGAAAUCUUUGGGCCAGCUCAUGGAAGUUCUGCUCAAGACAGAGCCCACCCGUGGCUUUUUCCAGAACAUAGUCCAUGUCCUGCAGAGAUCUAUGACAUCAGACAACGUGUGGGAGCGCAAGAGCCUGCAGACCUGCUCCCAGCUGCUGACUGUUUGUGAAGAAAGGCGAAGAGGAGAUGCCUAUGAGCACUUUGGCUCCUUGGUGGGAUUGCUGGCACCUCUGACAUGUGACCCCAUGCCCACCUCCCACCAGUUGGCUGUCACCUGUCUCAGCUCCUUUCUCCAAAUCCAAGCCAAAGCAACCAACAGAGACAUUGAGACAGGAGACAUCAGGAGCCUGUGUGAGGGGCUGCAAGCCUGCAGCACCAUCUGCCGGCUCCAGACCUCAUCCAAAAUGGCAAGGAUCGUGUGUAGAAACUUUCCUCUAGAAUGCACUGUCGACUUCAUGAUGGCCAUCAAGGAGACCUUCCAGAGAGCCAAAGGAGUGCAUGUGCGUGCUGCUGGGAAGUGGAUGACCACCUUUCUGCAGAUGUACAGAAAGGACAUCUGUCAGGAU